CUUUUCUUCUUCUUCAUUUUUUUUUUUUUCUAUAAUGUUUUGUUGCUAAGAAAAUGGAGAAAUCUACUUUCCGUUACAAAUUAUACAAUCCUACCGGAAGACAAAAACCCUUUUCCAAAUGUUCCUAUGGGAUAUAUUGUAAAGCGGCUCAAAGAUUGAAGGGAGAGCAUGAACAGAAUGAACAAGAAAAGAAUGAACAAGAAGAGAAAGAGUAUGAAGAAAAUGAACAAGAAGAGAAUGAACCAGAAUAUUCUGAAUGUGUAGUCAUGGAUUGUGGAAAAGAUAUUUGUCAUGUACAAUCACAGAUCGAGUUAUCCAGUAAAAUGGGUAAUGAAUAUGCCUUGGAAGUUAUACACAUGGACAACACUAAGACGUCAGAGGUGAAAGUGAUUUAUCCGUACUUUGAGAACACUCUGCCUAAAUGGCUUAAGGAAUUGGAUCUUCCAAAGAAGACUGAUGAGUAUGACAAAUGGAUGCAGGAUGAAGUAUUUCCAAAGAUUAGGAAACUUUGGCAAAUGCUACUUGAAAUGAAGGAUAAGAAGAUAACUAUUAAUAAGCCAUAUUGCAUUCCUUUAAUUAAUGGAGUGCCCAAGCUGUUAUACAUUCAUGAAGAAGAUGACGAUGGAUCUUAUAAACUGCCUAAAUAUAUUGAAGAAGCACAGAAUUUCUGGAAGUCCAAUCAGAACUCUGGACUUCUCCAACAUUAUCCUGUACUCGGUAUACAUCCUGUUCUUUAUAAUUCUGAUGAAAAGUCAAGGUUUUUGCAAUUGUUCUACGAUAUCACAUUCGAGUCUAAAUUAAGCAGAUGGUUGGAUGAAGAAAUGGAUUGGAAUGAUUUCGAAAGCCGUAUGAUGUUCGCAAAAAAUAAAGUUGUUUAUGGAGAAACCCUUCACCACUGUCAUAACCCAAUUUUUACUGAGAGGCUAAAUGCUAAAAUCAGAAGUCAAUGGACUGUUUUUGUAAAGUUGGAAACUUGAAGGGGUUAAGAUCUCUCUCUACCGCACCCUUUCUCUCAUCAACUCCAGCAUGAUGCCAAGAAGAUUUUCUUUGAAGAUAAGCUCAACCAAUUGAAGGAUUUGGAUAAAGAUGGACAAACCAUAAGUCAUCAACUCCAAGGAAUCCGAAAUUGAUUCAAGGUGGAAGUCCUAAUGCAUAAAAGGUAUGAAUCUAGACUAGAAAAAGGGUAGAUAUGGGAAAAACUAAGAAAUCCAAUUCCAAAUAGGAUUGAGUUGUUAUCUUAGGAUUGGGAUUUAAGUAUUAGAAGCACAUUAGGAUUGGGUUUUUCCUUUGGUCUAUAAAAAGGGGGCUCUUCGGCUUCUAGGGAAAAGGAGGAGAAAAUUGGGAAAAAGAGGGAUUCGAAAAUUGAGAGAAGAAGGGCAAAUCUGAGGCUUGUAACCAGGACUUCAAGAAAAUAAAGCUUGAGUUUCCCUAUUUUCUUCAGGUGUGCAUUAUUAUUAUUUUUUUUUGGUGUUUUCUGUCAUGUUUUAUCCUUCUUCUUCUUUUCUUUGUUAUCAGUAAAUUGCUUGUUUUUUUGUUUCCUUCACGGUUUGCCUGCGAUAAGUGUUUAUGGGUUGGGUCCUGGCUGCAAAUCUGAUUUCAUU